AUGGCCCCUCUUUCCAAGCUUCUCUUGAUGAGUUUCAUCAGCUGUGUUGUGUUGGUGUAUGUCGUGUACAUGGGUGGACUUCCCAAACAAGCGGACUUCUUGGCAACAUCGGUGCACACCAGCAUGCUACAAGAAGUAGUUGGCAGUCGCGCAUCUGAGUCGUUAGUUCACAGCUAUUCGAGGAGCUUCCAUGGAUUCGCUGCCAGACUCACUGAAGAUGAAAUGGCAAAAAUCGCAGGAAUGGAAGGAGUAGUGUCGGUGUUCCCAAGUGAGAGGCAUCAACUUCAAACGACGAGGUCAUGGGACUUCCUGGGCUUCUCUCAGAGCGUGCAAAGACUGCCGACUGAGAGUGACCUCAUUGUUGGAAUGCUUGAUACGGGCAUCUGGCCUGAAAGUGACAGCUUUAACGACGAAGGGUUUGGCCGUCCUCCAGCCAAAUGGAAGGGCACUUGCCAAACCUCCAACUUCACUUGCAAUAAUAAAAUCAUUGGAGCCAAAUACUACCGGCAAAACACCACAUAUUUACCGGGUGAUAUAGCUUCGCCUAGGGAUUCCAUGGGUCACGGAUCUCACACGUCGUCAAUAGCAGCCGGUGGCUCGGUGAGCGGAACAAGCCUAUUCGGCCUCGGCUCUGGGACAGCCCGAGGAGGAGUCCCUUCUGCCCGCAUCGCCGUUUACAAAGUGUGCUGGACUGAUGGCUGCUACGACGCAGACAUGCUUGCCGCGUUUGAUGACGCCAUCGCGGACGGAGUGGACAUCAUCUCCAUCUCCAUUGGCUCAAGGUUUCCCCGCGAUUACUUCACGGACUCAAUCGCAAUCGGAUCUUUCCAUGCGAUGAAGCAAGGCAUACUCACAUCAGCGGCAGCUGGGAACUCUGGCCCUAAACCGGCAUCGACCACAAACUUUUCCCCUUGGUUUCUCUCGGUCGCGGCCAGCACAAUAGAUCGAAAGUUUGUGGACGAAGUUCUGUUAGGAAAUGGAAAGUCUUAUGAGGGAGUCGCAAUCAACACUUUCGACCUCAACAACACGAUGUACCCCAUGAUAUAUGGAGGAGAUGCCCCAAAUAUUGCACAAGGAUUUAAUUCAACCCAAUCAAGGCUCUGCGCUGGGAAUUCUCUAAACAGCUCUUUGGUGAAAGGUAAGAUCGUGUUGUGUGAUUCCCUCAAUUCCGGCGAUGCCACUUUAACGGCGGGCGCUGCCGGCUCAAUAAUGCAAGGCUUGGGAGUCAUGGACUUUGCGUUGACCUUCCCGGUGCCUGCCUCCUUGUUGAACGCAGCAGAUGGAAGUGAAGUUUCUGACUACAUGAACUCAACUAGAAAUUCUACAGCAACCAUAUUUAAGAGCACACAGAUCACAGAUUCGUUGGCUCCGGCGGUUGUUUCGUUCUCCUCAAGAGGCCCAAGCCCAAUUGCCAGGGACAUUCUCAAGCCUGAUCUCGCUUCCCCAGGCGUGGACAUUCUAGCAGCAUGGUCGCCGGCUUCGACCGUGACCGGGUUAUCAGGUGACCCGAGGCAUGUUUCGUACAAUAUAAUUUCUGGCACCUCCAUGGCUUGCCCCCACGCCACCGGUGCGGCCGCAUAUGUCAAAACGAUACAUCCGACGUGGUCUCCGGCAGCUAUUAAGUCAGCCCUGAUGACGACAGCUUCUCCAAUGAGUCCUCUCAAGAAUACCGAUGCCGAAUUCGCGUAUGGAGCUGGUAACAUAAACCCUUUGAAAGCAGCGAACCCGGGUUUAGUGUACGAUGCCAAGGAGGCAGAUUAUGUGCAAUUCCUGUGCGGACAAGGUUACAGCACCAGCAAUCUGAGACUCAUCACCGGCGAACAAAGCAACUGCUCAGACGUAAAAAAUGCGACCGUGUGGGACUUGAAUUUACCAACUUUUGCGGUAUCGACUCAGACCAAAGGCUCCAAUAUCACAGGAGUCUUCCACAGGACCGUCACUAACGUGGGCAAUGCGACUUCUACUUACAAGGCCACCGUGACGGCUCCUCAAGGAUUCAUCGUUCGAGUCGAACCACAAACCCUCACGUUUGAGUCUAUCCUACAGCAGCAGAGUUUCGUGGUGACCGUCGAGGCAAUCUUGGACGUGGAUAUGAUUUCAGCGUCUCUGGUGUGGGAUGACGGUCUUCAUCAAGUGAGGAGUCCAAUAGUUGCAUUUGUGGUUUCCUCCUAG